UACACUGUCAUGUGGAAAUGAUAUGGUAUUAUACAGGCUUCAGAGACUAAUGUUCUGGCAGCAGCAAGACAAAAAAUAAAUAAAAUAAAACUACCUUUUUUAAAAACAGAUUAAUAUUUGAGGCUUCGAGGACAGUUAUGGAUAUCUUAAGAUAUUUGUGCGUCAUAACAGCUCUGCAUUUUUGUUUAUGGCGAUCUUCAUGCGGCAAGAUUAUCUAUUCGGUCUCGGAGGAAGUAAAUAAGGGAACUGUUGUUGGAAAUAUAGCAAAGGAUCUCAAGAUCAGUGUUCAGGAGCUGGAACCUCGUAUCUUGCAGCUUGUGUCUGGAUCCAACAGGAAAUAUUUUGGUGUGAAUUUAAAAACGGGAGCGUUGUUUGUGAAUGAAAGAAUUGACCGGGAGGAGUUAUGCUUCGCUCUUCAGCAGUGUGCUCUUAAUGUGGAGGCUGUUGUUCAAAAUCCUCAUAGUCUUUAUCGAAUUGAAAUUAAUGUUCUGGAUGUUAAUGAUAUUGCUCCAUAUUUUGUGGACAGCGUUAUAACGAUAAACAUUACAGAGGAUGUUUUUCCGGGGGAGAGAUUUCAUCUUCCUGUAGCUGAAGAUAACGACAUUGGCAUUAAUGCACUGAAAGACUACAAACUGAGCAAGAAUGAACACUUUUCUAUUGACGUGCAAACUGAAGAGCAGAGUGUUUCUGCUGAAUUAGUGCUCCAAAAACCUUUAGAUCGUGAAAAACAAUCGGUAAUUCCUCUUGUACUGACAGCGGUUGAUGGAGGAAAACCUGCAAAGUCUGGCACAUUAAGUGUAAUAGUUAAUGUAAUUGAUAUAAAUGACAACAAGCCUGUCUUCAGCAAACCAUUGUACAAGAUAAAGGUGAGAGAAAGUGUUUCUGUUGGUACAAGAAUCAUCUCUUUGACUGCUACUGAUUUGGAUGAGGGCACCAACAGUGACAUUAUUUACUCAAUAGCUGAACAUGGAAACAUAAAAAAGCAAAGUCUAUUCACUGUGGUUCCUGAAACUGGGGACAUUGUUGUGAAUGGUCAAAUAGACCAUGAGAUAAAUGCUGCAAUUGAAUUGCGAGUUCAGGCGAGAGAUAAAGGCAGCCCACCAAAGAGCACACAAUGUAAAGUUUUAAUUGAAGUUAUGGAUGAAAAUGAUAAUGCACCUGAGAUAAUUGUGAUGACUCUGUUGGGAAGUCUGAAAGAAGACACAAAGUCAGGAACUGCAGUUGCUUUAGUCACGGUGUCUGAUAAAGAUGGAGGUAAAAAUGGCAUUGUACAUUGUGCUCUGAAAGGCUCAUUUCCUUUCAAACUGGAGAUGUCAUAUAACAAUCACUAUUCUCUAGUGGUAGAUGGACCUCUGGACAGAGAGAGUGUUUCUCUGUAUAACAUCACAAUUACAGCUGCAGAUGAAGGAACUCCAUCUCUUUCCAGCAGCACUGUUAUAACUGUUCAUAUCUCUGAUGUUAAUGACAAUGCUCCACAUUUCCCCGCGCCCGUUAUUAAUGCUUUUCUAAGUGAGAAUGGUCAAGCUGGAGGUCUCGUGACAAAAGUGUCAGCUGAUGAUUCAGACACUGGUGAAAACGCAGAACUUUCAUAUUCACUGUUAGACAGUUCCAGCUCCAGUGUUCCUAUAACAACACUGAUAAAUAUAAACUCUUUAAGUGGAGAAAUAUUCAGUUUACAGUCAUUUAAUCACGAAGAAACAAAAAGAUUCCAGUUUCAAGUUAUGGCAACAGACUCUGGUGUUCCUCCUCUGAGCAGCAAUGCGACUGUAAAUGUGUUUAUUCUGGAUAAGAAUGACAACAGUCCAGUUAUUUUACCGCCUUAUUCUGAACCUGGAUCAGUUAAUAGUGAGAACAUUCCCUACUCUGCUGAAGCGGGAUACUUUGUAGCCAAGAUCAGAGCUGUUGAUGCUGACUCUGGAUAUAACGCACUUCUGUCUUAUCAUCUAACUGAACCCAAAGGAACGAAUCUUUUCCGCAUUGGAAGCAGCACUGGAGAAAUAAAGACUAAGAGACGAAUGAGUGACAAUGACUUAAAAACUCACCCACUUCUCAUCACAGUGUCUGAUAAUGGAGAGCCAUCACUCUCAGCGACUAUGUCCAUGGAUGUUGUGGUUGUUGAGAGUCUGGAUGACAUAGAGACAUCAUUCAGAGAAGUUCCUGUUAAAGAGGAGAGUUUUUCAGAUCUGAAUCUGUAUCUGCUCAUCGCUAUUGUCUCAGUAUCAGUCAUCUUUUUACUGAGUCUGAUGGGUUUGAUAGCAGCUAAAUGCUACAGGACAGACGGCAGUUUCAGCAGGUACAGCGCUCCAGUGAUCAGCACACAUCCAGACGGAAGCUGGUCCUUCUCUAAAUCCACUCAACAGUACGAUGUGUGUUUCAGUUCAGACACAAUAAAGAGUGAUGUAGUCGUGUUUCCUUCGACCUUUCCACUGCCAGAUGCAGAGCUAAUCAGCAUUAAUGAAGGAGACACUUUUGAUAGGACUCAAACACUUCCAAGCACUACCAAGGUAAGAUAA